ACCGUAUCGGUCGCCUAGUUUAAUGUUCCUGUGGUUAGUGACGUUCGGUUUUUUAUUGUACCCCAAAUAAUGGCUUUUACUUGCUAGUGUUAUUUUUUACGCAAACUUUAAUUUAAUCAUGUUCGGUCAAUUAUCGAACACCAUACUGGCAGAAGCGAACGACCGAAAGAUGAAACACUCCAUACUAGCGCUCGGUGUAACGAUAGUACUUUGCAUUUCCGAAACGCUGGCCACGAUCGAUGGUAUGCGUGCGAAUGAUUUACACACCCAGUCCGAAGCCAACGCUACUCAGUCACAGGUCUCUUGUCCACCGCACAGCUUCUGUGUGCGUUUGUUGCAAUGUCCGGAAGUCGAUCGAAUGGCCAUCGUCCGCUACCUCUCACGUCCACCGCACUUACGUCCACCAACCGAACGUCGCUGGGAAAAUUCGGUUUGGCGUCGAUGUACGCUACUGAAUGGAGAAUUUAAUGGCAUUUGUUGUCCGUCAACACCAGCUAUUCAAAAUAGCACCAACGGAUCGCCUUCAGUGUCGAACAUGUCAUACCACGAACGAGAACAACUUUUACAACGCGCACAGAAAAUUGCAUACCAAGAAAUGGAAAAAUUCUUCACCGAAGUUGAUUUGCUCGACGACAUGUCCCCGGUUACACACGGCCACGGUGGAUUGUCCUUACCGGACGAUGUACUUUCACCGGAGCUGGUACAGGAAGGGUUGCAGGAGGUGCUGACAUGGCAGACUCUCGAGAAGAUCACGAACGGAACGGCAACAGUACAACAUUUCCAACGACCGAAGCGUUGUCUGGUGGGGCCACCAUGUGAGAAGGGACACUCACGCUACCGUCGCUUUGAUGGACGCUGCAAUAAUGUUGAACCGGGCGGAAGUCUUUGGGGUUCGGCAGGAUAUCCGAUGGAACGUUUACUUCCGCCAGCGUACGGUGAUGGGAUCUGGGCGCCACGCAUUGUCUCCCACACCGGGCGUUAUCUACCGUCGGCUCGCAAACUGUCGUCCACACUGUUUGCCGAUCUGAACCAUCCGCACGCGUCCCGUAACGUACUGUUCAUGCAGUUUGGACAGUUUCUGGCACACGAUUUUUCGCGCAAUAAAGCGAUCGAAAUAAAGGCCAAGUGCUGCACGGAGGAUGGGACGGGCCGGGUAAAGAAUGCUCCCCCCGGGUGUAUGCCAAUUCCGGUGUCCAGUGGAGAUGAUUUCUACUCUCAGCACGGGGUUCGUUGUAUACACUUCAUGCGAUCAGCUGUGGCACCGAUGCGAGACUGUGGUGCCGUAGGUCACGGUAGACAAAUGUCCGGCGUAAGUCACUUCAUCGAUGGUUCACCUAUAUAUGGUACCAGCAGCAAGCAAGCACACGAACUGCGGGCUCACGAAGGUGGCCGUUUAAAGUCCCUGUUUCACAAACGGUUUCACAACGAGCUGCCACCGCCCGAUCGAUCGAAGGAUUCUUGUGAUCCGGGUGCAGAGAUGUGCUUCUUAACGGGGGAUGGCCGUUCAAACCAGCUGAUCUCACUUGUCGCCGUUCACACACUAUUUCUGCGUGAACAUAACCGACUGGCAAGGCGUUUGCAGCAAUUGAAUCCACACUGGAGUGAUGGUACGGUGUUCCAGGAGGCUCGACGAAUAGUUGUCGCCCAGUUACAGCACAUCGCUUUUGGUGAAUAUCUGCCCAAAGUUAUUGGACCACGGUAUACAUCGCUUUAUCGCUUACAUUUGCCCGAUUAUGGAACAUACAGUGAGUUCUACAACCAUCACACGAAUCCUGCCGUAUCGAGCGAGUUUACUGUAGCAGCAUUCCGGUUCGGACACUCUACGGUACCUUCCAAGCUGGAACUAAAGGAUGGUCCUGUCGAUACGUGGCGUACCUUUCUCAACCCGACGAGAUUUCGCGAGAAACACUUCUACGAUGAUCUUCUUGAGGCGCUACAACACCAACCGAUGCAGUCCGUGGAUGAACUAUUUUCUACCAGUUUGACACGCUUUCUUGAUGUUAAGCCGGGCAAACAGUAUGGUGUCGAUUUGGCCGCCAUAAACAUUCAGCGCGGACGGGAUCAUGCCGUUCGACCGUACAAUGAUUAUCGCCGCUUGGGAGGUAAAGUAAGUGCCAGCUCGUUCGAUGAUUUUGGAACCGAGUUGGGUAAGAAGUUACGCUCACUCUACUCCCACCCGGACGAUGUGGAUCUGUACGUGGGCGGUGUUCUAGAACCUCCGGUUGACGGGGGUGUUGUUGGGGAAACAUUUGCCGAACUGAUCGCCGAUCAAUUCUCAAAGUUUCAGCAUGGUGAUCGGUACUUUUAUAGCAACGGACCCGAAACCAAUCCGGGCCAUUUUACGUUACCCCAGCUGAAGGAAAUUCAGCGCGUGACUAUGGCCUCGUUGAUAUGUGCUAAUGCAGGCGAUCCACAUCGGAUGCACGUGUUGCCGGAUGCAUUUGGUCUUCCGCACGAUGGCAAUCGGCCGGUGGAUUGUACGGCACACGAGAUUCCCAGGCUGGACCUGAGCUGGUGGAGGGAUUAGUUUAUGUUAGGCGUUUUUGGCAUUUGAGUAUACGUUUCCGCAUGAUGUAUGAUUUGUUUUAUUGCGUUGCUGUGCAUGUUUGUUCGUUCGUUUGUUUUUUUUUUUUUUGCUAUAUUGUUUGAAAUAUAGUUGCAUUUCGUUUCACUUGUUGGAAUUUCAAUUUUGAAAUGCGAUGUUCUUUGUUUAAUGUUAAAGAAACCACAAUAAUGCAUCUUUAAAUGUUAUGCUACUCAAGCAAUGUUACUCAUUUUGAAUUAAAAUAGUUAAAAGAAUGUACAAAAUAUUUUAUGUAAAGCAAAAAAUAGAAUUCUUUUUUAAAAAAUGAAAUUAAUUGUGAAUUGAUUUGAAACAACUCUACACUUUCUUGCAAAAUGUUCGUGGAAUAGGACGUGAGAGUUCAAUUGUAAAUUCCAAGAACACUUACUGCAAGGAUAUCCUAUUUCUGUUACCUAAAUUUUCCAAGAAAACUCAUCCAAAAUUUAGUCGCUUCAUACCUUGGUUUGCUCCGUCACUGAUUGAGUGAUCUUUCCCAUCACUUUAUAAGUAGUGAAUCAGCACAAAAAUCACAUCUCUCCUAAGCCGAAUGCUAAUUUCAACAGCGUAUCUCCAAGCACUUAUUUGA